CGUCCGCGACACCGUGCAGGGUGGUGACCGUUACGCUCAAGUCCAUCAACGAGCCGGAGAAGGCAUCGCGGCUCUCUCCCUCGGCCGUUCGCCCGCGUGCAUAUUCCAACUGCACUCGCGCUCGUCGCGGGACCGCGGCGGCCGCCGUCGGCUGGUUUCGAGACGAUACGAUAUCGUUAAUUGGACGGACUUCCGCCGGACUCGGCGAAAUUCCCGUCUUGGUGUUCCGUGGGAAAUAGUGCCACUUCGGCUUCGGAGAAGUGCGAUUCCUAACACGGCAGCAGUACGAGAAGUGUGUUGUUGGCGAGUGUGUGCGUGUGUAUGUGCCCGAGAGGGAUAAUAUCGUGAGAUCUUUCCACAGUGUGCGCGACGGCGAGGAUUCGCCUUGGUGUGUUACCUCGAGAGACCGACGCGAUCGCGGUCUCGCGCGACGGAGGGAUAUGUGGAGAUACAAGACGGUGCGUUUGAAAAGUACACGACUCGCGAGCACGCUGGUCUAACGCACAUUUUCUCUCCUGACUUCCACCGAGGGGGGAAGAAUGCGGAGCUGAUCGCUGACUGGGAUCGACGUUGCUGCCGACGGACGUGCGGCUUUCGUCGUCUCGCGAGGAGACGUCGUCUGUCGCGUCGCGUCGCGACGCCAAGUCACCCCUCCCCCACCCCCCAUUCGUCCGAAGGGGAAAAAAAACUGAACCGAUGAACCGCCCAUCGAAUCGCGCUCCCGACGUGAUUACUCCGGGCUGGCUCCAUGGGACCGGCGCUACUUGUUCGAACACCAACGACAACGGCGCGCCGAGAGACGCGUUUCGAGCGUGAUCGCUCCGAUUUGCCGAGAGACGCGACAGAUCCGCUGGCACGGUGAUUCCCCUUCGAGCGCGUCGAGGACCGUCGAGGCUCAUCGUCGCUGAUCCGUCGGACUCGCGAUGACGGACGUCGCCUAAGCGACGGCAGGAGGGUGUUGAGGAACGAAGAACGAAGGUGCCAACGCGUGUGCCACCGCAACAGGAUCCGCGAUCACUACCAAAAGGCCAAAGUGGAGUGUGGAUGUGGAGGUGCAACGGUGGUGAAAGAGGUAGUAGGUGGUUGUGGACGACUGCGACGCGAGAGUGCUGCAACGGGUGCUGUGCAACCUCCUCGCGGUCGUUGUGCUUCUUCGUGUUCGUUGCUGCUGGUUGUGGUGGUUGUCGUGGUGGUGGUGAUCAGUGGUUGUUGUCGGCCGAGUACGGGCGCCCGUGCCUAAGUGACGGGUGCCGGUCGUCCGCCGCCGUUGUUACCAUGGUUUCCACGUCCUUCGUGACCCUGGUGUUCCUAGUGUGCCUGCAAACGGUACUACUGUCGACUGUGAGCAAUUGCGCGAAGACGAUCAGCAUGUACUGGAACACCACCAAUUCCAUAUUUCGAAUAGACAACACAGAUCAUAUAAUUGACGUGAACAAAAACAACGCAAUGUUCGAGUACGAUCAAGUCAAUAUAAUAUGUCCCGUGUAUCCUCCGGACUCGUACGUCGAUGACGAUGCUGAGAAGUACAUCAUCUACAACGUGUCCAAGGAGGAGUACGAGACAUGUCGGAUAACGAACCCGAGUCCGCGGGUAAUAGCGGUGUGCGACAAGCCGCGCAAAACAAUGUAUUUCACCAUCACGUUCAGGCCGUUCACGCCGCAACCCGGGGGCCUCGAGUUCCUCCCGGGCCACGAUUACUACUUCAUCAGCACCUCAUCCAAGGAUGACCUUCACAGGCGCAUCGGCGGACGGUGCACCAGCCACAACAUGAAGGUCGUCUUCAAGGUCUGCUGCGGCAAUGAGGCCGAGACCUCCUCGUCGGCGACAUCGCGCAACAACUCCGUAGUCGUGACCAGCAGCACCGUGCCCAGCAGCAGCUCGACGAGCACCGCGGUUUUGGGCGGCUCUGCCGCCGGCCUGCCGCCCCAGCCGCCGCCGCCGAUCGUCUACAGGGGCGGAGAUCGAUUCUACCCAGGGGGCAGCAUUCAUCAUCAUCACGAGCAUCAUCAGACGGGCACAGCGGCGCCGACCCUGCCUCAUGUGCCCCCGCCGGCCAUCUACCCCGUGCAUCCGCAUCAGCCGCAGUCGCCGAAUCACAAUGGACCGCCGUCCUCGAUCACGCCGCCCAAGACCUCGACCGGUCAGAAGAAGAAGAACAAGGAGUAUUCGGAUCAUCCGAACGAGGUGGUAAAGAACGAGGAGCUGACGUACAACGGCGCAAGCUCGUACGCGCGCACGCAAGCUCGGUACGCGCAGAGCCUGAUCCUGGCGACGUGCAGCCUGUUGAUGAGCGCGUUACUGCAGCAACUGCUGCGGUGAAGCGACAACACCGGCCAUGUACGAGAACGUCGUAUAUCCCAUGCGUCGAAACCCCUUCUUCUGUGAUUAUCCUACGUUUAAUUGAUUUCUUGAGAGGCGCGCGAAACAUAUACGCGCGUAUCUCGGCCGUCCCUCGAUCGUAGUGAGACACGCACGAUCCAUGGUCGCGCCGACUCGAGAGAUAACAGAGAAGAGAAGAAAAACGGAAGGAACGAGACAGAAAGAAAAAAGAUGAAGAUGAACGAGACAAGAAGAGACACGUCGAGAGAGAAGACACGCACGACACACGAGCGGCAACGCCAUAUUAACUACAAUUAAGAAACUAGCGGAGUUCUAGGGUGGAAUACCGUAGAACAAAGAGACGAGGAAGCCGAAGGUAGAGCGGGAAGUAGAAGAGAAAGCGGAAAAGAAAAGACGAAAAGGAGAAGCGCUACUACUAGACACUACUUAUAGUACACGCCCACUAUUAUCACUACUAUAAAUGGUAGUCGUAUUGGUUGUCCUUCUUAUCAUUACGCUAACUGUAGGUAUUUAUUCGAAUAUGAGAGAAAGAGAGAAAUGUGAGUAGGGAGUCGUGGCAGCGUGCUAAGUAUCCUCGACCGAGAGCGAGAAAUGUACGCGAAAGAAGAAUGUCUAUUAUAUAUUAGUAGCCAAGGCUAUGUACGCGAAUAACGUCAAAUCGCAAUCAUGAUUGAUUCGAGCGAAUCUUUAAUUCAAGGGAGAAUGCUGCGUUGGCUCGGCCAUCGACGACGAACGAUCCUUCGUUAAGGGGUCCUCGCUCGGGGCCGGCAAGGAGAAAUAGUUUGUCCUGAGCGCGCCGUGCCUCGAGAAAAAGAGUACCUGAAAAUCCUUAAAUGCUUUCGGUUCGCGGCUAAGAUGACAAUUCGGGAGUAAACGAUCGCGAUCCUUAUCGCCGAGCGGCUUCCAAGUAUCUCGUAGAGACACUUGAACUCUCGAGGUCGUCGACGUGACCGUAGUUCCUCGAUGAUCGGACGACCUGUACUGGACGAAGGAUCAGAAGAGUCAGAAGGGAUCGUCUGGGAUUAAUCGUGUCUCUCGCGUGAGCCGACCGCCGCGGCCACCCGGCCAAUUGCAGGACGCCGAGGACGAAGGAUCAUUCGAGUUCGUAUGCGAGAUCGCGAGUAGGAUAAUUAGCACGCGUGUAAAUAAAUUCCUAAUGAAUAUGUACAAGUGGCUCUUGUGGUCGCCUUGUGUGCCGACGGCAACAAGGAGGGCCGGAGAGAUUUAAGAAAGAGUGCCGUAUUUCUAGAUAAAUCUUAUAAUAUGAAAUGAGAAAGAAAGAGAAAGCAUGAAUCGGAGAGAAAGUGUGAGCGCGUACGUGCAUUAUGCGAUUAUGACCGUGAGUACCGUGCUCAUCGAACAAAUCGACACGGAGCCAUGAACUUAUGCGAAUUUCUGCCACUACGACAGGUUUAAUUGCAUCGUUGUCACGAGUCAAGGAUAGCAUAUAGUGUCGUUGGCCGUUUGGUAAAGGAAAGUAGUAUAGAAAAAACGUGCGAGCGAGCGAAUAUAGGAAAUAUUGUGCGAGAGAGAGACUGAGUCGCGAAUCAAGUAAAAGACAGAUUUGUAUAAUAGCUGUACCAUACUGAGACUUCUAUCUAUAGAUCUGUAUCAUAUUUAUUAUCCGCUAUCAUUACGAAUAUUCAACACUCGAUAUUCUAUAUUUGCUAGUGAAAUAUCAAAUUUAAUAGCGAACAAAUUAACGUACUGCCGGCGCCGGGGGUGAAGCGGUAAUCGCGGCACGAACGAGCCCCCGGAGCCAAUUCCCUAUUCCCAUCCCGUCGUUUGUUGUUUCCCUUGUUCUUGAUUUCGUUCAGAUUAUCGUACACAAAUCAUGUUUCUAUUCACAACUAUAUAUUAUGUUUAAUCAGUUCGAUCAUGUUUCUGAUUUAUAUCAGUCUUUUUCUACGUUUCCCCCUUUUUUUAUUAUUCUAUUUAUUAUUCACACAUUACCAGGGAAAAAGACUUGCGCGUGUACACGUUUCAUGCAUACACACUCGUGGAAUCACCUUUCGCGUGACGCCUACGCGUGCAUGCGUAGCCGUGGCACGCAAAGGACGAAAGACGAAGCAGUGAGUAAUUUUUCGUUCGUGUCCACAAAAAAAUACAAUUGCGAGAGCGCGACUGCACUAACGAAUUAUUGUAAAUACGAAUUUAUACGCGAGAAUAUGAGUACCAUAGCGAGACGAGAGGAUGCAUCAUUGUCUGUAUAACAUGCGUGUGAGAAAAAAAAAGAUCUUUAUUCAAAUUCUUAAAUAGCGAAAUGAUAAUUCUUGACACGUUGAUGAUUACUUAACACGGACCGAUUCGCUUUCGGAAGUUCAUUCGUAGUUCUCACGAUUGCGAUAGUUGCGAAUAAAACCGCGAUCAAUCGAGAACUGCAAGCAAUACGUUUGCAAAUACACAAAAGCUUCGGCAGUGAUAUUGUAAGCCUGAACGUCACGCGCUAUCCAUCAUUGGUCUGUAUUUUUCACUUUUGUUUUGUUGCUGUAACAGCAAUUAGCAACGAACGAGCUGGUCGACGUCAAUCGUUUAUGAUUCCAAUUCAUGGUUCGCGAUCGUCAAUUUGAAACUCACAUGUCACGUUUGGAUAAGCGACACUAAGCAAGAUGUAUUCGCAGACAAUUAUUGCAUUUGGAAUUUGUCAGACUAAUGAUUUAUUUAUAUUAUGUACAUUCAUUAUAUUCUCGAUCUCCCUGGUUGAAAUGUAUUGAUGCAAUUGUUAUAGUCACAAUCAUUUAUUAUUAUUAAUAUUAAUCUAUUAUUAAUAAUAGAUAUGCCAAUUGUUGCACCUCAAUUCGACCCUUCAGAUAUUAAGUGUUACUGAUGGAUACUAAGGAUAUUUUUCAGUAUCUUUCAAUCAGGAUCGUUGAUUUGCACGUAACAUUUUUUAUGUAUGAACUCGGAUUUUACUUUGCGAACGAACGUGCUCGCUCGUUGCAUUGUUGGGAAUCGUGUUACGAGACAAUCGAUCGCGAGUUUAAUUUACUUUUAAGAGACGGCGAAAGAUACGAACAAGAAUAGCGCCGCUCGAUCGAUCGUUCGCACGCGAAAAGGCGAAAGGAUAACAUGGAUCCACGCUGGGUACUCAUUCGCGCGGACGAUAUAAGUGAAAUACGUUAUAACAAUAAUAUAGACUCGAAUUAUUCGAUAUAGAAAAUAGACAAAGUCGCUCACUGCAAAACUCAUUCCUUUUUUUUUAAAUUUUAUUUCUCCCCUUUUUUUCGUUUCCAUCAUUCAUCCAUCCAUCCAUCACACGUCCGCACCGUUGUAUACACCCACGGACCCGUGCCGCAGACUGCGAGACGUGAGGCGUCCUGCUGCCCCGACGGAAGAAGAGAAAAAAGUAUUUUUUUAACAGCAGAUAGAGAGAAACGCAUCUCUGCGGUGGGUUUGUUUGUUCAGAAACUUGUAUGUAAAUAGAUGUAACAUGCGCGAGGAUUCGACGUCGCCUGUAUUAACGAGUCAGAUCUAUAUUUCGGUCCGCGCGACCUGUCGAUGCGAGAUUUUAAACGCGUGUAAAUAAACGUCCGAGGUAGGAUUUAAAGAAAAAGAAAGGGAAAAAAAGAUGACAGGAUACGCUUCACGUCCAUCCCGAGAAGGUCUGAGUUCCCGUCUGCUAUUACAUUCGGUAAUGCCACUUCACUUACGUAAUCAUCCACUCGUGUGCGUGUGCAAGAGAACAAGAAAGGAUACGAGGAGGCUCGCGCGUGGAUGUCUCUCCCGCUCUCUUUCUCGCGGGACGAGGGAGGUACGCCGCGCGCGUUCUCACGCAUCAAAAGAAGAAAAAAAAAAGGGAAGACUUGUUCCUCUCUUCUCGAGAUCGAGGGUAAAAUAUCCGCCGCGCUGACAAGCACGGCCGCGCGAUAUGUAAUGAAUUAAUUAAUUACUUAACGAGUGAAACGGAGGAUAAAGCGAAUUUCGAAAUAGACACGCUGUAAAUAAACAAAUUAACGAUUGAA